AGGCUCGUCCUCUCCGUCGCUCCGCCGCCGCCCCUGACGGGCCCGCCCCGGGGCGAGAAGAUGCCGCGGGUCGUCCCGGACCAGAAGAGCAAGUUCGAGAACGAGGAGUUCUUCAGGAAGUUGAGCCGCGAGUGCGAGAUUAAAUACACCGGCUUCAGGGACCGGCCGCACGAGGAGAGGCAGGCGAGGUUCCAGAAUGCCUGCAGAGACGGGCGCUCGGAAAUCGCUUUUGUGGCCACAGGAACCAAUCUGUCUCUCCAGUUUUUUCCGGCCAGCUGGCAGGGAGAGCAGCGACAAACACCUAGCCGGGAAUAUGUCGACUUGGAAAGAGAAGCAGGCAAGGUAUAUUUAAAGGCUCCAAUGAUUCUAAAUGGAGUUUGUGUCAUCUGGAAAGGCUGGAUUGAUCUACAGAGACUGGAUGGUAUGGGUUGCUUGGAAUUUGAUGAAGAACGAGCCCAGCAGGAGGAUGCCUUGGCUCAGCAGGCCUUUGAAGAGGCUCGGAGAAGGACACGUGAAUUUGAAGACAGAGACAGGUCUCAUAGGGAGGAAAUGGAGGUGAGAGUUUCACAGCUGCUGGCAGUAACUGAGAGUCAGAGCCCUAGAAUGCUGGAACUGGAAGGGACACACCAUAGAGAACACCUAGUCCAAAUCCCUCAUUUUACAGAAGAGGAAACUGUGGUCCAGAGAGGCAAGAAGACAACAAGACCCUAGCCCUGGUUCCAAUUUAGGUAGUGGUGAUGAUCUCAAACUACGUUAAUUAGCAGCAACAGCAGAUGUCACCAUCAAUCUUGACAUAUAUAUUGCUUCAACUUAGCAGAGAUAAUUGAAUAAAAGACCAGAAACUGUGAUAACUGGAUAUACUAUGGUCUGUUUCCUGACCUUAAGCAGUCACAGGCAUCAUGAACUGCCAUGGUUUGCACUAUGUUCAUGUUAUAAUACCUGCAUUUCUCCUUUUAGGCAUGUAGCUAGUGAUAGUUUGAAAUUUUGUUUUACUAUGCAAGCUUACUUUUUUGUUAUUACUUUAGUAAAAUUAAAAUUUGUCCAGUUGUAAAACUAUUUUCUCCUCAAUUCUAAUUAAGGAGUUAAUGUCAUAAAAAUAGGUCAAGAAAUUACAGAAGUUUUUUCUACACAUUUUUAAUUUUUUAUGGACUUUUAGAAAUUUUGUUAUAUUGCUUCAUUUUAGAUGUGCAUUCUUAAGUUUUUUGCCACUUUUUUCUUUUCCAAGUGUAAAAUAUCAGUAAGACGAUAUUUUUCACAUUAUUUUUACAAUAUUUACAAGCUAAACCUAGUAGCACAGAGCUGUCUACCACAGCUUUCUAACAUGUUUCCAGUUGUUAAAGUUACAGUAUCCUUUUUAAUGCUAACAAAUUGGUUUCCCUUCCUCCUUUCCUAAAUGUUUUUAAAAUUUGAUAUUACUCUACAUUCUGUCCAGAUCUGUUUUUAGAUUUUUUUUUCUGUAUUGAAUGAGUUUAAGUUGUGGUUUAUUUCUUUAAAAUAUUCUACUAAAGCUCAUAAGAAGUCACAGGUUGGCUUCUGUUUUAUUCAGGGAUUUUUAAAAGUUAUUCCAAAAAAGGGGAUACUGUAGUGUCUUCACAGACUUAGCAGCCUGUCAGACUGGAGACGGUGAGGAAGCAGCUACAAAGGUGAUCAUUGUAUGAAAAAAGCAUGUUUCACAUAUCUACUUUAUCUGUAUUUUCUAUUAUGUGCCUUUUUUGUUGUUUCUGAAAAAAAAAUCCAGAUGGUGAAAGGACAGGCUUGUGCAGGAAAUGUUAAUCCCGUGUAGACGAGUGGUCUGUUGUCUUCUAGAAACUAUUCUAAGGGAGAAAAAAGAAUGGUUAAUCUUGAUGGCAUUUCCCAACAAGAUUCAUAGUAGAAAUUGUUCAAGAUGAAUUCGUGUAAGAAUAUUUUUUUACAAUAGGCUUCUUACCAAAAUGAUAUCAUCCUUUGUUUGAAACAAAACUGGAAAAAGUGGUGUCACUUGGCACCAAUUUCCUAAUAUUUUUCACAGCCAUAUUAAUUGUCAUCACAUUUAUGAACUUAAAAAAUGUAUUUAGUUAUAAUAAAGUAACUAUGUUAUGGGUUUAAAGGGGAAAAACCCAAUAGUUUCCUGUCCAGUUCAGUAAAUGAACUAAAGUCUCACUGAGGUAAUUGUGUAUAAUGUACUUGUUUGUGAAGAAGGAAGUAAUGUUCAGUAUGGCUAUAGAUAGAACAGAUAAUAUCCUGUAUCUCAAAAUAAAAGUGUUUGAUAUAUAUUUGAAGUCAUGCAUGAUAA